AUGUCAAACAAACCAUCUUUCGAUGCUGCAGCCGAUCACUCCUCAACAACCAUCAUCACACCUUCUUCUUCAUCAGGAGGAGAUAAAUCCAAUUCCCAAUCCUCCUCUUCAUUAUUUUCCACAUCCACUGCACCUUCUUCGAUCCUUUCUGAAGCUUGUGCCACUUCUCUACAAUCCUUCCUCGAACAAUAUCAGAAAAAGGACUGGCACGAUUUCUCCACAGCAGGUCGAAGUCACGUCGCUCUCGCCAUCGCCAAAGAACAUGUUUUUAAACCCAUCCUUGAAAUUUUCAAAAAAGACAAUCCCAACGCUUCAAAAGAGCCACUCUACAAAACUAUUCCAGAUUAUUUUGGAUACGGAGUGAAAUUGGAGAUGUUAUUGGAAGAGGAAUGCCCGACCAAUGUCGGAAAACCAUAUAUCAUUACGACGAUUCAUGAAUGUUAUUUUAAUGGAGAGGGAAAACUUGAGAGUACGAAUAAGAGAAUUUUGAAUUAA